AUGGAAAAGCUUAGUCACAUCAUUGCUGCUAAGGUGUUAAAGAAGGAGUGGAAAGCUGUUAGGGCAGCGAGGUCUGGUCCUUUAAUCUCGCAUCUGUUCUUUGCGGAUGACUUGAUUCUUUUUGGUGAGGCUUCUGCUCAGCAAGCUAUGGUUAUGAAAAAUUCUCUUGAGGAGUUUUGUGAGCUUUCUGGGCAGCAGGUGAAUUUUGAGAAAUCUUUGUUGUACAUAUCUGCCAAUACUAAGUCUGACCUUGUUGAUCAAAUUGAGUUAACUUGUGGUGCCACCAGAUCUGCUGAUAUGGGGAAUUAUUUGGGAGUUCCCCUUGUCCAAGGGAGGGUUACCAAGGCUACGUAUAAGGGGGUUCUGGUUAAAGUUCAGGCUAAACUUGCUGCUUGGAAAAGUCAAUUGCUUUCUAUGGCUGGAAGAAUCACUUUAAUCCAGUCUGUUGCUUCUUCUAUUCCUCUUUAUAUUAUGCAGACGGCUAUGCUUCCUCAAGGCCUUUGUGAAGACCUUGACAAAUCUUCUAAAAGUUUUCUUUGGGGAAGUAGUGAGAACCAUCAUAAAACUCAUUUAGUUAAGUGGGAUACAGUUUGUUUGCCUAAACGUCUAGGAGGUUUGGGUAUUAAAAAGGCUUCUCUUAUGAAUCAAGCUAUGUUAUCUAAAGCUAGUUGGAGAAUUGUGGCUGGGGACUCAGGAUUAAUAUAUGGAGCUGCCAUUUUAAAUAAGGGUAUGAAAUGGAGAGUGGGAGAUGGCACUAGAGUCAAAUUCUGGACUGAUACUUGGAUUGGUGAUGUUCCUUUGGUGGAUACUAAUUUUCCCUUAUCUGAUCAGCUUGACAAAGCUGAAACUGUGUCAAAUUAUUUUUCUAUGACUGGUUGGAACAUUCAGAAACUCCUGCAGGCUCUUCAACCGGAAGCCGUUAUGCAGAUCAUCAGUAUUCAUGUAGAUGUUGACGGGAAUAUACCUGAUACUUGUAUAUGGGGUCCCUCUUCAAAUGGAGUCUUUUCUGUAAAGACUGCUUAUGAGUUAUCUGCCAGGUUUAAUGAAGUCACUGGUUCUCCUUGGAAGUUCAUUUGGAAUUUGAAGAUCCCUCCCCGUGUUAAAAUGUUCACUUGGCUUCUCACUCAGAAAAAGAUCUUAACUAAUGUGCAGAGAGUAAGAAGGCAUCUUUCUAGAGACCCUUCUUGUCCUCUCUGUCACUACCAUGAGGAGUCGUUACAGCAUCUCUUUAUCUCCUGUCCUCGCGUUCUUGCGCUUUGGAGAUCCUUCUAUCUUCCUGAAAGCUGUAUUAUAGUAGCAAUAUAG